AUCCACUUCGGGUUCGUGAGUGCAUCACCAUGCAUCAGAAAUUCUCACACAAGCGCUAUCUAGCACUUAACCAGGCCGUCCAUGAGUGAAAAAUGGUGCAACACACCCACGCGCACACACCCACCCACACACACACAGAGAGAGAGAGAGAGAGAGAAAGAAAAGGGUCGGGUUGGCCAGUCAGUGUCAGUGAGGCAAGGAACGCAACUUCAUUUGCAAAACUCGGCACGGCUCAUGCAGGGGGGUAUGUUAUGUACACGCAGAUCAACUGCUGUCUGACUGUCUGUCUGUCUUGCUGUCGGUCUGUCUGUGUGCGGCUCGGGUGCGGUGCGAGUGAGGUUCAUCGGCCCUCGCCCUCGCACUUCUGUCCUGCCAGUGUGAGAUCACCAGCAGGAAAUCAGUAACGAGACCAAGGCCCAUGACCCCCCCAGCCACCAGCCAGCAACACUUACACGCAAACACUCACAGGCGCCGCCAACAACCACAACGACACCUCACUUAGGCACACAUGUUUUCCCUCCACCAUGUUCUCUCUGUCGAGUGGGCUGCGCCUUUCACCCAUGACUCGCACCGGACCGCCAGAAGCCAUAUGUGUCAGCUUCGAGCAGUCCAGUAUGAGGGCCAAGUGAAAAGCACGCAGCCCCCAACGACAUUCGAACACACACCCGCACCAAGAUAAUGAAGGCCGAUCGCGCCCCCUUGCUCAUAACGUCUAUCUGAGGAAGAGGGGGGCGAAGAGAAUGAGGCCAAGGAUCAGAAAGAGGAUGAUCAUGCACACGAAACGCUGAUCACACACACACACACACAAACACACAAGAAUGGAUGAAGUGGGUGAGGUCACUCGUCGUGUGGAUGGUUGGUUACCUUGGUGACGGCGUUCUGAAACUUCCUCGCUGUGAUGAGCUCCUGCGUCGCAUCAUCUGAAACACAUUCACCCACACACACGAGGGAGAGACUGACCGCCUGCCACACACCCCCAUGCCGCCCUGGCUCUCACCAGUGUAGUCCUUAGCGCUGGACACGUUGUGCUCGAUCUGGUCGAUGAGGUCGCCCUGCGUCUCCACAUACGCCGCCAGGUCGGUGUACAGGCGCUGGAUGUCACCCACACCUGACAGACAGACGGACACACACGGACACAUGGGGGUGGUAAGCUCUGUUUGUAUGUGUGUGUGUGUGGGUGGCCCUACUUCUUUGCAGCUUCUGUAGGUCGUUGUAGGUGUCCUGCAGGUCCUGCAGCUCGUCUAUCGCCGCCUGGGCAGUCUCAUGACCCUGUCAGUCAAACACACCCACCAUGAGCCACACAUGCGACGUUAGCUCAUGUGUGGUCGGCCGGUGUCAUUGCUCACCCCCGAUAUCCUCCCCCUGAUGGCCGCCGAUGCGCUCUGCACGCCGCCGUCCGCCUCCAUCAGGGCCUCUAUCUCGCGAUCUGUCGCCUCAGGAUACGCUGAACCACCACACACACACACACGGACACCCAUGGCCCCCAUUCCACCGAGUCAGUCGCUGUCUGUCUUUAUCACUUACCGAGCCUGACUUGGCGUAUGACCUUGGCGCGCACGUCGCGUUGGUACUCGGACUGCGCCUGCUGGUGGUCUGCCAGGUGUGACCUGAACUUGCGAGUGAGGUUCUGGUAGAGGUUGAUGCGGAUCCGUGUCUCCGACGAGUGCGGCUGCGCCUCGCGCACCGCCUCGUUCUCCAGCCGCAUGGCCUCCAGCAGCCGGCGGAUAGACACAGACUGCUGACUCGCCUCGCUCAACAGACUGUUCAGCUGCUGGCUCACCGCUGCGACACAAACCACCACCACCAAGACAAGACACACAUGAGCUGUCUCGCUUGCCCAUCCUGCCUGUGAUCUCACCCCUCUCCUUGGCAGAGCUGUUGGCGGCCAGUGCGUGCCCCUUGAGCGCCCUGACCCUGUCGCUGAUGCUGUGGAACUGCCCCAGCUCGCUCUUGAUGGUGGUCACCUGCUUGAAGAAGUCGUCCGUCGACCCCACAGCGCCACCCGCCAGGCCGUCAGACGUCGGCGAGGUGAAGAGGUCCCGCAUGCUCGAUGACGCGCUGGACGGGAGAGAUGCGCUUGAGGAGGUGGUCUGCUGCUGCUGCCGUUUCGCCAUCUGGCGAAGAUCAUUGAGGCGGUCGUUCAUCUUGGGAAUCAGA